AAAAUAUUUACACACAUUUUUGUCAUUAUUGAUGAACUUAUAAAAGGACAUUUGAACAGUUUGAAUCAGUUAGUUGCUGAAAAUGAUUACUUUGGAGAUUUUCUUAGUGUUCUUGGCAGUUUUCCAGCCAAUUUUAGCUGACAACCAACCUGGUGACUCAGAACACCAUAUUCACCAAAAAGCCCAUCAUAAUUCUCAUAACAGAAGAUACAAUCAUCACUUAUUAAGACACCACAAAGGAUUGAAAGCUAGAGAAGCAGAGCCAGUAGUUUGUGAGAAUAUUUGUGAUGUUGAAUUACUUAUUGUGUCCAAAUGGCUUAACGGUACCCAAGAACUACAUUUUCUCUACGAAAUACUACCACCAUCGAUUAAAAAUGCAAUUUUAAAUAAAAUCAAACCAACUACAACAAAUCCUCUAACUACAACUCCUGGUAAUACUGGACCUACUUUGAACCCAGUUUCACUAUUCAAUGGAUCGCUACCUAUAGAUUUGGACAAGCUGUACAAUGCAACAGAAAAUUGGCCAAUUCUAUCGUAUUUAGCUAGAAUUUUUGCUCAUUUCUUAUCAAAUGCUCACGGAUUGAGUAAUUUGUUUGGCAUGUUUCCACAAUUUUGUAAUGUAUGGAAAAUUAUUGUGCAUGCUAUGAUUGAACAUUGCAGUAACAAUAUGGAAAUUUUCUUUGAUAAUCUCAAAGAACUAUUCGGUUUCAAUGGUAAUUCAACCGCUGGAAAUUUAUUCAACCUCACCCGUUGGGAGCAUAUAUUUCCACCUGCUGGCAUUGUAGAGGGAAUUGAGCAUGCCAUUAAUAAAUUCAAUUUAACUAAUUUUGGGGGAUGAUAAAAAAAAUAUUCCUAUGUGUAUGAUACAUAAAAAUCAAUUAUUUUAUCAUUAAAAUAAAAAUGUAGACAUACAUGUUUUGGAUAAUAACAGUGUUGUC